AUGAUUGAACUCCUUACCAGGAAGCUCGUUGGAGCCAGAUACUAUAACGGAGCGAAAGUCUCGACGGGUCCAUACAAGAACUCGAGAGACUCGGUUGGACAUGGAACUCAUACGUCGUCGACAGCUGCUGGAAGCCUGGUUCCACACGCGAGUAAGAGAGGACUCGCUCCUGGCACGGCCCGAGGAGGAGCUCCAAAUGCUCGGAUCGCCAUGUACAAAGUCUGCUGGACGGAUAGCUGCGAGGAGGUUGACAUCGCUGCGGGUUUCGACGAUGCCAUCAACGACGGCGUGGAUGUCCUGUCCAUCUCACUCGGAGGCUAUCCCGCAGUUUACAGCGUAGACGUCAUUGCGAUUGGUGCCUAUCACGCCGUCGAAAGAGGGAUCAUGGUCUCUUGCGCUGGUGGAAACUCUGGACCAUUUACUGGAUCGGUGUCCAACGGUGCUCCCUGGAUCUUCACAGUCGGUGCCAGUACAAUCGACAGGGAGAUCAACGAGGAUGCUAAAAUAGCAGCCAAAGGAACAACGAUUCCUUACAAGCCAGCACCUGUCGUAGCGGAGUUUUCGUCAAGAGGUCCACACACAAUCAGUCCGGAUAUCAUCAAGGUACUCAAAAGACAUACCAUGAAGCUUGUGACUUAUCUCGCGUUGCAGCCGGACGUUACCGCUCCAGGAGUCGAGAUCUUAGCAGCUUGGCCAAGCAAUAUCCCCGACACUGACAAUGGAAAGGAAGUGUUCGUGGAGUACACUUUUCUCUCUGGAACUUCCAUGGCGUGCCCUCACGUCAGUGGCACCAUCGCUUACUUGAAAUCCAUUCACCCAACAUGGAGUCCUGCGGCGAUCAAAUCAGCAGUCAUGACCACAGGUAAGUCGAGAGAAAACAAAAUAAAACUGGAGACUCAAGAGUGUUCUUGGCAGCUAUCACCAAAGACAACACCAACAAAACAAUCAUCGAUCCAAGCACUAACAAGGCAGCGACUGUUUUCGACGUUGGAAACGGUGAGAUCCAACCAGCAAAAGCAGUCGCCAGGACUAGUCUACGACACUGAUCCUCUCGACUAUAUCACCUAUCUCUGUAACUCGGGCUAUACCUCCAAGCAAAUCCAAAACAUCACAGGCGACAGUAGCAGCAAAUGCCCCAAGAACGACACCUCUUUCAGCCUCAACUAUCCCUCCAUCGCAGUCCUCUUGGAUGGAUCCAGCAAGACGGUGGAGAGGACAGUGACCAAUGUGGGAAAUCCCAGCGCGACCUACACCGCUUCCGUUGGAAGCGCCAAAGGAAUCUCGAUCUCCCAGCAAGCUGAGCUUCACAAGCGCCGGACAGAAGCUGACCUACAGCGUCAUCGUCUCCGCCAAGGGAUCCAUAACGGCGGAUCCCCAAGCGCCGAAAUGGAAGCUUCUCGGAUCUCACCUGGGAAGAUGGAGUGCACGUUGUGCGCAGCCCGAUCGCCGUGA